UCUAGCCCAAAACAUCCAGUGAACGGUACCGUACAUAAUUACAGUUUCCAUCAUGUUGCAGGACUGCGACUAUGACUACUUCUACGAGGAGGAUAAAAUUGUGUUUCAUUGAUUUCAAACCCACUUCUCCAUGUGCACCGUGUCGGUUCUUAAAGUUUUUGGCGUUUCUAAACUUGUGCCUAUAUCGACGACCGAGUUCCGAACGUAGUUAAAGCGCAGCAAUGGAUUCCAGCAAGGAUAUUGAACCGUGGAGUGAAGAGACAACGGCACUGUUAAUGUUUGACCAGGAUGAUGAACAGGACAAUACCGCUCACAAACAAUUCCGUCCCAAAAAAACGAUCUUGGUGGAUGAGGAAUCACCAAGUCACGAUGACCAAGACACUGCUCUUAUUGCCAUCGGUUCACCCGGACCUGGAUCUAGGCUUAUUCGUGCGGAACGACGCAAGGAAUCGAAAAAGCCUGCGAACGAAAACGGUGAAACCAAAUCUGGGGAGGAAUCCAGCGGAAAACGCAUGGAUGAGAUUGCAUUCGUGUCGAAUGAUGAUCUUCCGGAUCCGGUGCUGUACGCGGACGGUUGUGUAGACGAUAAUAAGAUCAUAAUGCUAUGCCAGCGCCAGGAGAUGGAGCGCCUGGGCAUGACAGUGAGUUCUGGUACGGUGGUGAUCAAAAAGGAUACCAGCAACUUGAUCGGCAUUAGCAUCGGAGGUGGUGCACCACUGUGUCCAUGCUUGUACAUCGUUCAGGUUUUCGAUGGCACACCUGCGGCCCGUGAAGGAACGCUUCAAAGUGGCGAUGAGCUGCUGGGUGUAAAUGGCGUUUCUGUGAAGGGCAAAACUAAAGUGGAGGUUGCCAAAAUGAUCCAAUCGGCCACCGAGGAGGUUAUGAUACACUACAACAAGCUGCACGCGGAUCCGACUCAGGGAGAAACGCUCGAUAUUGUGCUGAAGAAGAUGAAGCAUCGGCUGGUGGAGCGGAUGUCCAGCAGUACGGCCGACACACUGGGACUUUCCAGGGCCAUCCUUUGCAAUGAUUCAUUGGUAAAACGUUUGCAGGAAUUGGAACGUACGGAAACCAUGUACAAGGGGUUAGUGGAUCACGCUAGAAGGAUGCUUAAGGCACACUUUGAUGUGCUGCAGACGUACCAGGCGUUCGGCAACAUGUUUGCCUCGAUUAGUGUCCGAGAGCCGCAACCGCGUGCAUCGGAAGCGUUCCGUAUUUUCGGCGAGCUGCAUCGAAACAUGGAGAAGGAUGGCAUCAAGAUGAUCAAAUCGCUAAAGCCGAUACUGGCCGAUAUGGGCACUUAUCUGCAUAAGGCCAUCCCGGACACGAAGCUUACCGUUAAGCGGUAUGCGGAUGCAAAGUUUAGCUAUCUCUCCUACUGUCUCAAGAUAAAAGAAAUGGAUGACGAAGAGCAUGGUUAUGCCGCAAUCCAAGAGCCACUGUACCGUGUGGAGACGGGCAACUACGAAUAUCGGCUAAUUCUACGCUGUCGGCAGGAUGCUCGAUUAAAGUUCGCCAAGCUACGCAGCGACGUGUUGGAGAAGAUCGAGCUGCUGGAGUGUAAACAUGCCCGCGAUUUGGCGGGUCAGCUUCGCAAGUUUAUCGAGGGGUUGGCUACCUUGGCGUCAGAAACCGUGGAACGAUUGGAAAGCAUUCCGAAUCUAUUUCCCAUCGAGGUGGAUCUGAAGGCGAGCGCGUUUCAGUACAAAUCGGCCAUCAAGUUUCAGGCGGAAGAGUACACAGAUGAGGAUGUACCGCAAGCGGAAGAAGCUAUCGAACAGCUGGAAACAACAAAAUCAGGUGCGUCGAAUGCAACUGGAGAUUUGGAACAAUCAAAUGGAGCCGAGGAUGGUGGAGAACUAUUAGGAGGUUUUGAGGACAUUGAUCUCAGCAAGGGAUCGUCGGCAGAACCUUCGGAGAAUGAUCUUCUGAACGAGCUGGGACUUGCGGGUAUUGAUCUGUCCGUUGGCAGCAAACCUAUCAGUAGUCACAACCUGAUGGAUGAUCUACUCGUGCCGGAGUUAUACAAGUAAGGGGAAAGAACUGACCAAAGAGGAUUGAUUCUCGGCGAGGAGUAAUGCGUCUACUUACUGUAGAAACGGCGAAACAACUAUUAAUAAUUGUAGUUUUACUCAAAUGAAUAAAACUGUAAUGCAAAUUGUAA